AUGAAGGCUCUCGGACUUCGAGACGGACGCCAUUUGGCGCAGGUUGACUGGAAGGAGUGUCAAGAAGCUCAACAUCCAGUGGAGACAUUUCUGGGAGGUAUUGAGGUUGAUGGCUGCUGGCACUGCACUUGGAGGUUGAACCGAACGCGGAUGCUUUGCUCAGCUUGGCAGGAGAUCGAACGGCGCACCACAUCGGCGGCCGGCGCCAGAUCUGCGACGCCGCGUGCUGCAGAAACAUUGAGGAAUGAAGGUCUUCCAAGUCUUCUUACGUCUUGUUCCUCUGGAAUUCCUUGUGGCUUGUCCAUUCCUUGGGUCUAUCGAAACCAAAAGACAUACAGUUCCACACGUUCGAAUCUUAGAAUGGCGAAGCCAUGUGCGGUGAAUGUAUUGACUGCAUCCGAGGGAGGGGCCGAAAGCGCCGCCAAGCUUGUGCGCUCAGAUGAGACUGCUGUGCUGCUGAAAGGCUUUGUGAGCAAGGCCCGUGGCAAUGAAGAGUUGUUGAGCUGGGCUGAAGAGUUCUGCAGCCUUGGCGAGCCUGUGAAGGAUCAACUUUGCUACUACGAAGGUCAUGAGGCUUUAGAUGGGGAAUCCUUCCCUGAGCAAUUGAAAAGGCAGUUGGAGGCCGAUUUUGCAGAGUGUGCGCAGACCUUGGCAGAUGAAGGAGUGAAGCAGUCCGAGGUGGCCAAACGCUCCUCGGCAACCAAGGCGCUCUUCGAAAUGCUCCAAGAGCUCAUGCAACUGCACCGGUCAUGCAUGGAGAAGCCGCAAGGUGAGGACGGUGGUGAGGACAGUAAUUUGCGUUGGAAGAUCAAGCUGGAAGUCAACCAAGACGGAGCUUGUACCAAAUACCACGAUGACUGGGUGGAGUUGCGCUUCGCCAUGACUUUGGCCGGUGAGGGCACGGUGGUGGCGGAGCAAACGGAAGUGGAUUGGGGCUUCUAUGAGUCAUGUGAGGGUGUGAUCCCAGCUCUGGCAGAGAAUCCAGACCUCAGUGCUGAGAAAGCGAGUGAGGUGAUCAAGAGCUGGAAUCAGCGGGUCAGCAAAGGAGAGGUCACGACAGAAGCAGGUGACGUGUCAAUCAUGAAGGGAGGCAAAUUGACGAAGCGGCCUUGCCUGCAUCGAGCACCUUACAGUGCUGGAGAAGGCUCCCAGCCUCACAGGUUUUUGAUCACCGUGGACCACAUCCCUUUGGAUGAGCUGCAGAAGUUCGUGGCCAUGGACUUCGGAGACGAUGAACACGAAGAAGAAGGGGAAGACGACGUCGCACCGGCACAGGCGCAGGCGCAAGCGGACGUCGCGGAUGGGCUCUUGCCUGUGACUGUGCUGAGCGGUUUUCUGGGCGCGGGAAAGACGACCUUGCUGCGACAUGUGCUUGAAAACCAGGAGGGUCUUCGUGUUGCUUUGAUCGUCAAUGACAUGGCGGAAGUGAAUGUGGAUGCCAUGCUGGUGAAGUCCAACACGGAAGUCUUGACCGGUAAAGACAAGAUGAUUGAGAUGCAGAAUGGGUGCAUUUGCUGCACUUUACGAGGAGACCUCAUUGAGAAUGUGAAUAAGUUAGCUGCUGAGAAGCGCUUUGACUAUUUGAUCAUCGAAAGCACCGGCAUCUCCGAGCCGAUGCCCGUGGCUACGACCUUUGUGGCUGAGCACGAAGGUCAGGAGUUGUUGGGGCAGGUGGCGCGCUUGGACACGCUGGUGACGGUGGUGGAUGCCAUGAACUUCCUGAAGGACUACGGUACCACGGAUCUGCUGGGCGACCGCCCGGCGCUGGGCGCGGAAGCGGACCAGCGGACGAUUGCGCAACUGCUGGCAGAUCAAGUGGAGUGUGCGAAUGUGAUCGUGUUGAACAAGAUCGAUUUGAUCAAAGAAGAUGAAGUGGCACAGCUUGAACUUCUACUGAAAAAAUUGAAUCCAAAGGCCAAGGUCAUCCACUCAACCUUUGGCAAGGUGGACCUCAAGCUUUUGCUGAACACUCGCAGCUUUGAUAUGGCCGAAGCUGAGCAAAUGCCCGGGUGGUUCCAGGAGUUGGCUGGGAAUCAUGUGCCCGAGACCGAGGAGUACCAGAUCUCCAGCUUCGUGUUCCGUGCGCAGCGGCCCUUCCAUCCCAAGCGCUUGGACCAGUUGUUUAGCGAAGGCUUUGAUGGUGUGCUGCGCUCCAAGGGUGUACUUUGGAUCGCUGGGAUGCACGCCUCCGCCCUGGUUCUCAAUUCCGCCGGUGCUGCCGUGAGCAUCGAGAACGGUGCCCCGUGGCUGCAUGGUUCGGUGGAGCUGGCGGAGUGGCCUCCGGACACGCCGGAGCGCUACAAGAGCGCAUCCUAUGGAGAUCGGCGCCAGGAAGUGGUCUUCAUUGGACGGAACCUCAAGGAGGCCGAGAUCCGCCAAUCGCUGGAGAGCGCCUUGGUCACAGAGGCUGAAUUGGAGCUGGGACCCAGCGCCUGGGCCAAGUGGCCCAAUCCCUUUCGAGCGAAACCGCGCCCGGUUGGGCGGAAGCGAAAGAAGAGCAAGUUGGGCCCAAAAAGUAAGAUGCUCAAGACCCAAGCGAAGGCGUCCACUGCGGAGAAGGUCUCGGAAAGUGGAAACUGA